AUGCACCCCGAUUCCCAUAUUGGUGACUGCAAUCUUGUGCACUGCCGUGGACCUUAUGGCGAAAACAUAGCGAAGAGCAGCAGUGACUUGUCGGCCACGACGGCCGUGAACAUGUUUGUAUUAGAGAAGUCCAGCUAUGAUUACAACUCUAACUCACGUGCUUCCGGCAAGUUGUGUGGCCAUUAUACUCAAGUUGUUUGGCUCAACUCAGUUCGUCUAGGGUGUGCAAAAGCAAGGUGCAACAACGGAGGCACCUUCAUUGGGUGCAACUAUGAUCCCCCAGACGAUUAUAAUGGGCAGAGGCCUUAUUAA